UUCACAAGUAAACUGAUGUCAGCGUAGUGUUGAAAUUUGUGAGAGAUUAGGUUUUAUUGUGCUAAUUUAAGUGAUUCCUCGAACAUUUUCUCACAUUAUAUUCUGAUAUCAAUCUUUUUGGGACGUAAAUCGUCUUAUGUUUAUUCGGUGACACGUAAUUUAGGUGUGUUUCCGAAAUGACAAUGGCGAAUAACAGAAUACCAUCGGGACCCAAUACGCCUGGAAGUCAGCAAACGCCUACACAACAAGGAAUAAAAAUCUUCAUACAAAGGGAUUAUUCUGAAGGGACUGCUGUUAAGUUUCAAACAAGGUUUCCACCUGAGCUAGAAGAUAGAAUAGACAGACAAACAUUUGAAUACACAAUGGAGAGAUUGAAUGAACAUUUUGAAAUGGCGGAGACCGCUGACUGCAGUACAUACUGCGAAGGAUGCCUAGCCUGUCUCACAGCUUACUUCAUUUAUAUUUGCACGGAGACACAUUAUGAAAAGCAUCUUCGAAAAAUAUCGAAGUUUAUAGCGACGCAGAACGAAAGAGUGUACAAUCCUCGAGGAAUACAUAUAACCGAUCCAAUACUUAGAGGUCUAAGAGUCAUAGAAAUCACGGUAAUAGAUUUACCUAACUGCCAAAGCCCCACCGGCAACUCAAAUAACACACAAAUGAGGCAUACUUGACCACCACACGAAAACCGGGAGUUCUUCAUGUAACAAUCAAGGUACUGGUUUUGAACCACUAUUUUUUAAAUCAUCGGUGUUAACUUAGAAUAUCGGGCACAACAAGCAAAACACGCUACAAGUUAUUCCAAGUGUGUUAAGUUUAAGUACACAUGUAAUUAAGUUCACUUGAAGUUAUUCAAUCAAUCUGGCUGUAUAGUUCAGAUGUACAGUGACAUCUGUUGGCGGUAAUCGAUUUACAGAGUUUUAUUCCUUCCUAAACCAAAUUAUCACAAAUAAUGAGGCUUCUAUUGAUAUUUUGAUCAAAAUAUAAACUUACUUGCACUAUUUUACUAGAUAUUUCCAUAUUGAAUUGCUAUUUUUACUGAUUAUUUUAUUUUUAUUGUCAAUUUUAAAGUGGUAUACCUCCAAUGAAUGUAACUGUACACACCUUAAUUUGCCCCAGUCUUUUUCCUUGAGUUAUAAAUUCCUUGGGUGUUGUGAUGAUAAAAAAGUAUUCAGUUAUAGUUAACUUUGUAUUGUAUUGUUUUGUAAUAAAAUUACAGUAUUUGGAAUGGUGAGUUUUCACUGUUAAGCACUAGUACAGUUAGGGAAUCUAGCGGUGUUCAAAAGCUACAAUUGUUUGAAUGUUUAGUACACAUUGAGAUGCCUAAUUUUAGUCCCUUUCCACCCUUUUCUUAAGAGGAAAAUAUGGGAAGGAAAAGUGUAUUUGACAGCGAGGGAAAAUACCCUGUUUAUGUGCGUCUCCUCUUCUGUCAAUUAAGGGCAAAGUAUCUGCAAUUAUGGAUGUCUAUGGGCAGCGGUCGCUUCGCUAUUUCGGCGGAUUCAGGUGACCGCUUGCAUGUUAGCCACCUUAUGUUUAAAAAAAAAAGACGCGGAACAUUAACCAAUAGAAUGGUUUUAAAUGUGUUUGUAUGAAAAAAAUGACGGUAUUAAACAAUAAAUAAAAUGCCUAGUAUCAACUUGGCAUUUUUUUUUAUUAUUCCGAUCGUUUAUGCAACUUAUUGAUAAUUGAUUAUUUGUAAUAGGCGCAGUGUGUUUAUUUAAGAAAAAUUUCGAUAUAAGGGCACCGCAAAAUUCCGCGACUGUACAUUUUUUGUAAGUUUUGUUAAAGGGAAAGAAUAUAUCGUUUUUGUUUGUGUUAAUGUAAUGGAAACCCAAGUUUUAAUACACAUUCCUAAUCGUAAAUCAGUUGUUUAAGGAAAGGAUGUCUUUUGUUAGAGAAAUAUGUUCUCGGGCUACACAAUAUAUUUGACAUUGAAAUUUCCUUUUGUAAUAGUUUGUUUUACUAAUACAUUAAGGGCCUGUCCCAUCACUGGCUGAUAGUCCCAGAUAGUUUCAAAUGACGUCACUGUCAGAUAAUGUAACAAAAUCCGAAAUUUCCUUCACAUUUUACAUGAUUGUUAGAGAAUUUACAAUUUGGUGGGAUAGAGCCUUAAUAUUAUUAAAUAUAGGUAAAUAUUAAGUGAUAAGGAAACAUUUUUAAUGUGACGAAACAUUAAAUUGUGUGUGUUCCUUAAGUAGUUUUGUGGUUUAAAUACCAGUACAAUGAAAGAACUCCUGAGCCAAAUUAUCUUCCAUUAUCAAUGGAAUUUAUUGAUAAAAUGAAAUGUGAUGUUUAAUAUUUUAUAAAGAUAUUUUCAUUCAUUUCGAGUGGAUUAUAAGAUAGGGACCAAUCCCUAAAAUUACAAUUGUCAGAUCCAAAUUUGGGAUUAGGGAUUGGUCCCUAUCUUAUAAUCCACUCCAAAAUAACAAUUGUCAAAUACAAAUUUGACAAUUGUAAUUUUCACGUUAACAAAAUUAAUUAACGCUUUUUUAUUUUUUCCAAACUAUAAAAAGUUUAAAUAUAAAGUUUGAAUAACAAUAACAUUUAUAAACAUAGUUUCCACUUAUUCAGUAUAGACAAGAAUCUUUUUUGUUAUGUGUAUGACAAAAAUAGUCUAUAUCUGUAUAAAAAUUUUUACCAAAUCUUGAUUUUUUAUUUCUCUUGAAUGUGACAUUUCAAAUUCAAGGGAAUAAGAAAUCUUAGCCAAGACAUUAUACAUAAGAUUGCAUUUAACAGUUUAUAGUGCUAGAAAUUUAUCUGGCCCGAUAGAAUGUUCUAGCUCUGUUUCUUUAUAAUAAAACUUGUAUAGAAAAUAACAAAAGAUGUAAUAGCAAAUCCUCGUAACGACCCUCUCUGUUACAGUUUUAACUGUUCAGGAUAAAUUUUAAUUAAUGUUCAAAUUUAAAAUCAAAUGGUUGAUUUUUUUAGUCAAAACUGUUAGAAGUGACUUACUGACAGUCUAAUAGAACUGGUUUAGGGUCCGUUCAGACGGGCCUGAGAUUUUUUAUAAUAAAUUGAAUUUUAUACAAUCAAAAUAAGGUUUACUUUAUUUUGCACCGCUUUUCUUAUGUGUAAAGCUUAGAAAUUCGAAAAGUAUAUAGAGAAGGCAUAUUUGACACUUCACUUGAAACAUUUUUAUAUAAUUUUACUAUCUAUGAUCCUUAUAAUCACAUGUCAAUAUAGUUUAUUGUUAAUAAGUAUCAUAAAAUAAUAUUUUAAUGGCUUAUUUAAAUUUGUAAGCCUGUUUAGUUUAUUUUAUAACAAAAGAUGGAGUUUAUUAUGAUUUUGUAAAUUCUUUAAUUACAUGUCAAUACAAGGACACAAGGUGGUCUUAAGUUGACAGCUGACAGAGAAAAAAAAGAGUUUUUUUUUUUAUUUACUAUGCCUUGUCUAUAUAUUUUUAAUGUCUUUGGUGAAAAAUAAUAUAUAAUUCAAAUGUUAAGCUUAAUUUUAUUUGCAAUAAAAAAUCUAAUCUCUUUGCCUCGGUUAGUGUGAAUGUACCCUUACCGUCAAUGAAUUUUGUAACUUUUUAUAUGAGCAGUGCAAUAUAGUAAUUUUAUUCCAUAUGCCUACCGGGUCAGAUAAAUUUGUCCGAUUAUAAUUAUCCCAUUUACAUAAGGGGUAUAUACAGAGUACGUAAAAAUGUCUGAGUUUAAUUUUUAAGAUUUAAAUUUUUUCUCGCAUAAAGUUUUUGUUGGGUUAGAUUUUAAUUUAAAAUAAUAUGCAUAUAAAUAUUUAUUUGGUUAUAAUUAAAGGCAAAUUAAUUACUUGCCAAGUUUGCUUUAUAUUUUUUUUUAUUUUUUCUUUCUU